AUGAACUCCCGCUUCAAAGGCCUUGGAUUCGGCUCCAAACGCAAAUCGAGUGCAGUCGUCCCGACACUCGCACAACAACAGGUCCAGAACCCCACCUCGCAACCCCAGCUGCUUCCUGGCAGACCCAUCCCCAAUAAUCCCAAUCUUGCCGGCGCUCCUACACCCUCAACAGCCUCGUCCUCGACUACAAGUCUCCCUAUGAAUCAUCCAGGCGCUGGUGGGCGACCGCCGAGCUAUACAAAUCAGUAUUCACCUGCACCAGCUGCCGUCGGUCGCACUCAGAGCCCUUUAACCACAGGUCUUCCUCGCACGCCUCCCACACAGAUGGUCGGCGGCCCUCCUCCGAUAAACACAGUUUCUUCAGGAUAUCCUCCUGGACACCCAGCGCAAGGCCAAAUGGGUGCACCACCACCAGCAGGCGGACCACCGCAAUACGGCCCUCCUCAAUACGGUGCGCCAGGUGCGCCAGUGGGAAACAGCAUGGCGGCUGCACAAUAUGCGAACAGAGGUGCCGUCGAGGUCGAAGGAGCUGGCCGGAGUAAGGCGCAACUGAUUGUUGGUAUCGACUUUGGAACCACCUUUUCUGGUGUCGCUUUUGCAUUUGCUACGAACACAGAAGCAAAGGAAGAUAUCAUUACAGAAUGGCCGGGUGCAGGAUCCUACACAAAGCAAAAGAUUCCUACAGUAUUAUACUACGAUCAAUACCAGAAGGUUGUGGGAUGGGGCCCUGAUAUCGCCGAUGCUUUGGCACCAACUGGAUACCCCAAGCCAGGUGUGCAAAAGGUCGAGUGGUUCAAGUUGCAGCUCAUGCUUUCUGGGAACACAUACAUCGACCCUAUCAACCUCCCCCCCCUUCCUCCCGGAAAGUCAGAGAUCGACGUGGCGGCAGACUACCUAUUCAAACUUCGACAAGCGAUGCGAAACCAAUUGCAAAAGACGUUGGGAGAGGUGUUCAACAGAGAAGAGCGGAAUAUCCGGUACUAUCUUACAGUGCCUGCCAUUUGGAACGAUGCUGGAAAGGCCGCAACCCGUGCUGCUGCCAUCCAAGCUGGGUUCUUACGUGAUGAGAACGAUAACAGACUCACCCUGAUUACAGAACCGGAAGCAGCCGCGCUCUUUUGUUCAAAAGCUGGUCUGUUGAAUCUAAAGGUACAUGACGCCGUGCUGAUCGUUGAUUGUGGUGGGGGGACUGUGGAUUUGAUUGCAUACGAGGUUGAAGAAGAGUCACCCUUUACUGUUUCCGAAUGUACAGCUGGAUCUGGAGACUCUUGCGGAUCAACAGCCCUGAACCGAAAUUUCUCCAACAUCCUCCGAACGAAGAUCCGAAAGAUGAAAUUACCAGAUGGAUCCAAGACAGCAGGCAGAGUCUACGCCAAGUGUAUCAUGGACUUCGAGAACAGAAUCAAGGCCGAUUUCCGAAACAACAACCAAAAAUGGGCUGUUGACGUAGGCAUCGAGGCAGAAUUCCCAGAAGCUGGUAUCGAAGAAGGAUAUAUGACAUUUACCAAUGAGGAAAUCCUGCAAUGUUUUGAACCCGUAGUCAACCGAAUCUUGGAAUUGGUCCGGAAUCAAAUCAUCGCCAUCCAAGCUCAAAAUCGGACAUUACAGAAUGUGCUUGUCGUUGGCGGAUUCGGCGCCUCAGAGUACCUCUUCCAGCAAAUCAAGCUCCACGUGCCUCCGCAAUUCCAAGCCAAGGUCGUCAGACCCAUGGACUCUGUCGCUGCUAUCGUCAAGGGUGCCGUUACCGCUGGUAUCACAGAGCGAGUCGUUACAUCCCGUGUAGCACGUCGCCACUACCUUAUGGCUACUCUCCAACCUUUCAAGGAAGGUCAUCACCCAGAAGCAUACCGUGUUCCUUCAUUGGAUGGAAAGGAUAGGUGCAAAUUCACGCGCCAGAUCUUUGUGCAGAAGGGGCAGAGAGUUAAGAUUGGAGAGCCAGUCAAGGUGUCGUUUUUCAGACAGGUUGCGCCGGGUGCUACGCUGAUGUAUGAGGAUAUUCUAUACGCAUGCGACGAUGAUGUUUGUCCAGAGUAUACUAAGGAUCCUCGUGUCAAAGAAGUCGUAACCCUUACCUCAGACCUCUCGCGCAAAAACCUAGAAAAAGACUUUGAGCGCAUGGAUACCCCGCAAGGAACUUUCUACCGUGUUUACUUUGACAUCUACCUCACGCUUGAUGGGUCUGAGUUUAACGCCGAGCUUGUUUGUCAAGGUGAGGUUAUGGGAAGGUGCACUAGCAGGUUUAAGUAA